UGCUCAGUCCAACGUGGUCCCUUCACCCGGGCUCCGCUCUUGCCUUCUCCCCACUUGUUUGAUUUAUGAGGAAUCCAAGAUGAAUUUGGAGCAGGAGAGGCCGUUUGUCUGCAGUGCCCCAGGUUGCUCCCAGCGCUUCCCAACCGAGGACCAUCUGAUGAUCCAUAGGCACAAGCAUGAAAUGACUUUGAAGUUUCCUUCAAUAAAGACAGACAACAUGUUAUCAGAUCAAACUCCCACCCCAACAAGAUUCCUGAAGAACUGCGAGGAGGUUGGCCUCUUCAAUGAGCUGGACUGCUCCCUGGAGCAUGAAUUCAGGAAGGCUCAGGAAGAGGAAGGCAGCAAGCGGAAUAUCUCGAUCCAUAACACUGUUGGUGGGGCUAUGACGGGGCCCGGAGCUCACCAGCUUGGCAGUACCCGGAUGCCCAACCACGACACGAGUGUGGUGAUUCAGCAAGCCAUGCCGUCGCCCCAGUCCAGCUCUGUCAUCACACAGGCACCUUCUACCAACCGCCAGAUUGGGCCUGUCCCAGGCUCUCUAUCUUCUCUGCUCCAUCUCCACAACAGACAGAGACAACCAAUGCCAGCCUCCAUGCCCGGGACCCUGCCCAACCCUACCAUGCCAGGAUCUUCUGCCGUCUUGAUGCCAAUGGAGAGACAAAUGUCUGUGAACUCCAGCAUCAUGGGGAUGCAAGGUCCAAACCUCAGUAACCCCUGUGCCUCUCCCCAAGUCCAGCCAAUGCAUUCAGAAGCCAAAAUGAGGUUGAAGGCUGCAUUGACACACCACCCCGCCGCCAUGUCAAAUGGGAAUAUGAACACCAUGGGACACAUGAUGGAGAUGAUGGGCUCCCGGCAGGACCAGACACCACACCAUCAUAUGCACUCACACCCGCAUCAGCACCAGACACUGCCACCUCAUCACCCCUACCCGCACCAGCACCAGCACCCAGCACACCAUCCUCACCCUCAACCCCAUCACCAGCAAAACCACCCCCAUCAUCACUCCCAUUCCCACCUUCAUGCACACCCAGCACAUCACCAGACCUCUCCACACCCGCCCCUGCACACCGGCAACCAAGCACAGCAGGUCUCACCAGCAACACAACAGAUGCAGCCCACCCAGACAAUACAGCCGCCCCAGCCCACAGGGGGGCGCCGGCGAAGGGUGGUAGAUGAGGAUCCCGAUGAGAGGCGGCGGAAAUUUCUGGAACGGAACCGGGCAGCUGCCACCCGCUGCAGACAGAAGAGGAAGGUCUGGGUGAUGUCACUGGAAAAGAAAGCAGAAGAACUCACCCAGACAAACAUGCAGCUUCAGAAUGAAGUGUCCAUGUUGAAAAACGAAGUGGCCCAGCUGAAACAGCUGUUGUUAACACAUAAAGACUGUCCAAUAACAGCCAUGCAGAAGGAAUCGCAGGGGUAUCUAAGUCCGGAGAGCAGCCCUCCAGCAAGUCCUGUCCCAGCCUGCUCUCAGCAUCAAGUCAUCCAACAUAACACCAUCACCACUUCCUCAUCGGUCAGCGAGGUCGUAGGAAGCUCCACCCUCAGUCAGCUCACCACUCACAGAACAGAUCUGAAUCCGAUUCUUUAAAAUGCAUGGGGUAGCCCUUGCCUCCCGGAAGAGCCGUAGCAGACCAUGCGUCCUUUCUUUUAAGGGCAUUUUUAGAAUUAACUCACACCUGGAAUACGUCUCAGCCCUUCAAAGACUGGCUUUCAUUUUUAUAGUUAUUCUGGAAAUGUUGUCUUUUAUACUUAGUUAUAUAAGAAAAAAAGGGAGUUAUGCAAUUAAUAUCUAUCAGCUUGGGAAAUGCUUUGGUGCUUUUCUCCAAUUUUCUGGUACCGUAACUUGUUUAUAAAUUGAACCUUUUCUGUAUAUAGUUGUAGUUUCAUUCUCAUCAGUCCAACCCUUCGCCUGACACAUUGACUCUUGUUAAACCGGAGCAGAGCUUUUAGCCAAAAGGAGGCAUCCCUAGAUGUCAAGGAAGACAGACCCAAGGUAAUUGGGUAGGAAAUGUGAUGACAUCAUAACUCAUGUUGAGUUUGUGCUGGGAUGUCACCAAGAUCCCAGAUAAACACACAGCCUUUCCCACCACUGUUCCAAGAUCCAUCGAUAGCCAAAUACAGCUGCCAAGCACCUCACCACCUCUCCUCUUCCUCUUGGCCCACUGGCUUGAAUGCCCAAUCUACGCCCCACCCCCGCUUCCACUUUUUCUUGGGCUCCAUGUUCCCCCUUCCUUUUGAGUCCCCCACCCCCAUUAGCACUGCAUGGGAAGAGGAGAAGAACAUUUAAAGAAACACACACACACACCCAACAACAAAAGCAAACCUCAAAAACGUGGAUCUAGCCAUGGCUUCACUUGCCCAUAACCCACAGCUGGAGUUCAUUUGACUCUCACUUUUCACAAAACAGUAAUCAGGAGAUCUUUAAUGUGCCUGAUUUAAUGUUUUUAAUAAUCGGGGCGAAUAAAAGGUGGUUUAGUUCGAGGUGAAGCACCGUUGAAUGCCAGCUGUGGAGACACUAGGGAAGGGGGCUUUGUAAGCCUCGAUUGUGAAAGUCCGACUUAUGAUGCGGGGCUAUAACAUCACACCCUUGAAUUGCAACUGGUUUUAUAUGGCCUGUCUAUAAUGUUGAAAAUCCAUGUACUAUAUAAUAAUUCAGAAGGGCUCUAUUCACUACACAGAUUACAUUGUUCAGUCAUCAGCUGCUAAUAGCCUAAGAUUUAUUUAUUUAUUUUUCUUAAGCCUACGGACCCGGCUUUGCUGUUCUAACGGGUGAAAGUAGACUAACUCCUGGAGAAAUAAAAAGAGAAAGAAAACCCAGUGUUUCCACAGGGGCACUCUCGGCUCUCCCACAACAGUUAAAACGCUCUCGGGUUGUUGAAGGAAUCCCAUGGAAAUGGCACACGCUACUCCAAUCUUCUGAACAGUUUUAAUUUAUAUUCCAGUAACUUACAAAUGGACUUGCCAGUUAUAAGAAGCAGAUAGUCCCCACACCUCAAUUGUGCCUCCUUGAAACAAGCCAUGCUACUGUGCUAACAUUUUUUUUUUUUUUUUG